AUGCAAUUACCUCUCAUUCAAGAGUCUAGAAACAAUCAUUCUACUGAUAAUUCACAUGACUUCGAAUCGAUAAAGAAUCAAUUUGACGAUAAAACACUUUCUUCAAACAACUUUGAUCAAAUUACAAUGUUAAAUCAACAAAUUUCAAAUCACCAAAAAACUUCAACUUCGUCUUUUGAAACUUCAACUUCUUCUUUUGAUCAUAAUUUAAAUUUUGAUACAACUUUGAAUUUUCAAAAAAAUUUGUUAAAAUGUUUACGUGAAAAUUGUACAAACCUACGUUACUCUGAAAAUGGAAAGGUACACGAAUUUUGUUGUCGAACUUGUGCAAACAUGAUUCCUCGGUGA